CCCUCCCAAAAACCGGAAAUGACGUUUUUAACAUUAUAAACACACGUGGAUGUGUGGUUUCGGUUUGACUACAGAUUGUUUCGCAGCUUCCCCACCGUUGUCAUUCAUUUACAAUCUGCCUCACACAGUUCCUGAAAAGUUCUUUGUUUCGAACUCACAAUUUCCGGAAACAACGGUAUAGAAAAACCCACAGGUCUUAAUCAUAAUGGUAUCAGUACCCAGGUAAACACACUCAAGUUAGAAAACAUUUGCUAUAUACAUUAGGGAUCUACAAUGAAGUUUGUGGUGAACAGUGUAAAGAAUGGAGGAUGUCGACUGGGUGUGAUGUCAGAAUUUGGACUACAUGGUAAAAAGACUGUUGAGACCCCUAUGUGUAUGCUCUAUACUAGGAGAGGUAGUGCCCCUCACCUAACAGCAGACAUGCUAAAGAAAAUACAGUGGUUACCUCCCAUGGCACAGAUGUCUCUUACCAACAUGAUUGAGCACCAUGAAGCUUUAGAAGCAUACAAAGAAGGAAUUGGAAAAUUUGCCAAUAUGAAGGACUAUCUGGUGUACAAUGCCCUCCAUGAUCCUGCUACAGAGGUGAUGGCUGGACAGAACGACACAGCAACAGUAGGGGUGUGGACAAAAUCGGGCAAAGUCAAAAUGGAUGUGGACAUGUUUGUGAGGAUACAGGAGGCAUUCAAGCCUGACGUUUACCAGGCCCUCAGUGAUGGUGACACGGAUCUCAAGGCGACAAAGAAGAGGAUCAACAAAUCUGUAACUAGGACUCUGACAUACCUGGACCAGUUACUGGAGAGACUGCCCAAGUCUGAGAUACUGAAGGAUGCAGCCAUAUUUGGUGUGAUAGAGGGAGGUAACUCUGUUUUUGAGAGAUGCCGUUCAGCCCGAGAAACUGCAUCGAGAGAUGUGGCAGGAUUUGUCAUAGAAGGAUUCCAUACCCAGGGACCACAGACAGAGUUUUUCAAACUAUCUGAUGUCAGAGACACCCUAAGGCAGACAGUGGAAUGUCUUCCCGAUGACAAACCACGACUGAUGCAUGCUGCGUUCCCUCCAGACCAAGUCCUAGAGGCAUUAGAGUUAGGACUGGACAUAUUUGACAGCUCAUAUGCCUACCAUGUAACAGAGAGAGGUUGUGCCCUAGUGUUUGACUUCACCCACAAAGCUGACCCUGAAGAUAUGGCUGACAAGAAGACUGUACAAAAAGGGUGGGAAAUUGAUCUCAAUGAUAAAAGAUAUUUUGAAGACUUUGGUCCUUUGCUGGAAGGCUGUUAUUGCUACACUUGUAAAAACUUCUCCAGAUCCUAUGUCAACCACUUACGUAAUACCUCCGAACUACUGGGAUCUGUUUUACUAAUGAUACACAACUUCCAGCACUAUUUCCAUUACUUUGAAGCUAUCCGGAGAGCUUUGGUGGAAGAUAAAUAUGAACAAUUGAAAACUCAUAUACUCAGACAAAAACUCUGUAACAGCAGCUGAUAAUGGACGUAAAGAUCAAAUCAGUGUGUGGACAGUGCUGACCAUAUAUGUGAUAGACAACAAACAUACUGAGAGUAAUAUAUUAACAGUGCGCGAGACAGAGUGUAAAAGUGCUGAAAUAAGAUAUGCUUGAAUACCUUAGAGGACUUCUGACAUUGUCAAACUUUUGUAAUAGUCUUUGACCAUGCAGGUGAAAAUAAUUGAAUGUUAUUUUGUGAAAAUAAAUCACUCACAAAAAUUUCAAUAAAUAUAUGCAUAUGUACCAUUA